AAAAAUGUAUGAUAUUAUAAGAGAAAGUUCAUAUUUACCGCCACCGUUUGCAAACUCUCCUCUUUUUCCUUUACUGCUGAUGUCAUUGGCCGCGCAAAAAAAUGCUCCCUCAAACACCCAGACAGCAUCAUCUAUCAGGUCUUCAUAUGAUUUUAUUGUAGUGGGAGCAGGAUCGGCUGGUGCAACAGUUGCAGCUCGCCUGUCAGAGUUACCGUGUGUCAGUGUUCUUUUAUUAGAAGCAGGUAAAAGACCACCAGUUGUGAAUGAUGUACCGUUUUUUGGAAGAGCGUUUUGGUUGACAGAUCUAGACUGGACCUAUAAAACAACUCCUCAAAGAUAUACGGGGAGAUUACUUAAAGACAGACAAGUUCCUUGGCCUUUAGGAAAGGGUCUUGGUGGCUCAGGUCUAAUAAAUGCUGAGUUGUAUGUCCGAGGAAAUGAAAAGAACUACGAUGAUUGGGAACAGCAAGGAGCAAAAGGUUGGAGCUACGAAGAAGUACUACCAUAUUUCAAGAAGUUAGAAGAUUUUAGAUAUCCAGAAUUCUUAUUAAAUGGUAGGCAUGCAACAAGUGGUCCAAUAACGAUUGAGAAACCAAAAUAUUAUCCAAAGAUUAAAGGACACCUUUAUGAAGCAGUUGAAAGCAUUGGUUAUGAAAUACUUGAUUCCAAUGGCCCAAGACAAACAGGUUUUUAUGAUACGGAAGCAAAUAUCCGUGAUGGUCAGCGGUGUAGUGCAGCAAAAGGAUACUUAGUACCAGCAGAGAACAGGACGAAUUUGCAUAUACUCCCAAAUGCUUUUGUUCAUAAGAUUAUAAUACAGAGCAAGACGGCAGUGGGCGUAUCAUUUAAAGUGAAUGGUCAAAUGUAUGAUGUAUUUGCCAAAAAAGAAGUCAUAGUAUCUGCAGGAUCUACAAAAACCCCACAAUUGCUGAUGCUUUCAGGAAUCGGUCCCCAAAAGGAUCUCCAAAGACUUGGAAUUCCUGUCAUUGCUAAUUUACCAGUCGGUCUCAAUCUUCAAGAGCAUUGCUCAACAUACAAUAGUUUUGAAGUGUAUUCAAACAAUAUGUAUCCAAGACCGGAGGAAGCUAUCGAAACUUUCAUUGGAAACAGAAGUGGUUAUUUGGCGUCACCAGAGGGUGUGAUAGCGUUGGCGUUUUUAAAGGAUUCAUAUAUCAGACCGAAAAUAGAUUUUCCAAACUAUCAGCUCUACUUUUUUCUGGGUGGUGCACUAGAUGUAGAAAGAACUUUUAAUAUCCAAAAAUAUGCAUAUGACCAAAUAUUUGCUCCGUAUGAAAACAAGACAUUUCUUACUUGCUUCUCUUCGGUUCUUCAGCCAAAAAGUAGAGGAUAUGUGAAGUUAUUGUCUUCCAAUCCUGAAGAUCCUCCUCUUAUUAAUCCUAAUUACUUCGCACAUCCACAGGACUUGAAAGAUAUGGUUGAAGGAAUGAAGACUUGUCACAGAAUUGCGAUGACAAAGCCGUUGCAAAAUGUUGGUGCAAGACCAUUUCAAACUGUGUAUCCUGGCUGCGAGAAAUAUUUAGGCAAUACAGAUAGCUAUUUUGCAUGCCAAGCAGGAUCUAUUGUCACCACUAUGAGUCAUACAGUUGGUACAGCGAAAAUGGGUGCAAUAGAUGAUCCAUCUACCGUGGUUGAUCCAGAAUUAAAAGUUAAAGGUAUAAAACAUCUACGUGUUGUGGAUGCAUCAAUAAUGCCAAUCGUUCCAUCAGGAAAUACAAACAUUCCAACUAUCAUGGUUGCAGAAAAAGCUUCUGACAUCAUCAAAAGCACACUAAGAUGUUAGUCAACUAAGACUCGUCGCCUUAUUAAAGCACCACGGCUCUAACCAAAAGACCUUUUAAAUGAAAUGUCUACAAAUUGUACUUGAAUUGUAUGUAAGAGCAAAAUAAAAUAUAGACGCAUCUAAAUAAUUCAGCAACUUA